UUUUCCACCAAACGCGCCCUUAAUAACGGAAAUUAACAACUUUUCAAAGCGUCUCGGAGACCCCAUAUCCCUCAAAACGACUACGUUGAGCAAAACGAAAAGAAGAGGAUGGAGUCGCUUCCGUACGCCGAUGCGGACAGUACCCUAAGAGCAAUCGCCGGUCAGGCGGAGGGCUUCGGCCGGUUCGCCAUCGGCGGUCUACACGGUCCUCUCUUUUGCGUCACCUCAUUAUCCGAUGACGGUCCAGGUUCUCUCCGAGAAGCCUGCCGGAGACCGGGACCGGGUUGGAUCGUGUUCGAAGUGUCGGGAGUGAUCCAACUAUCAUCGUACUUAAGCGUGGGUUCUUACAAGACAAUAGAUGGACGAGGUGAAAGGGUUAAGCUGACAGGAAAAGGCUUGAGGUUAAAGGAAUGUGAAAAUGUGAUCAUUUGUAACAUGGAGUUUGAAGGAGGAAGAGGACAUGAUGUUGAUGGUAUUCAAAUAAAACCCAAUUCUAAACAUAUUUGGAUUGAUAGGUGUAGCUUUAAAGACUAUGAUGAUGGGUUGAUUGAUAUUACUAGAGGAAGCACUGACAUCACUGUCUCUAGAUGUUACUUUGCUCAACAUGACAAGACAAUGCUUAUUGGAGCAGACCCUUCUCAUGUUUGGGAUAGAUGCAUUCGGGUGACUAUUCACCAUUGCUUUUUUGACGGAACUCGGCAAAGGCAUCCUCGUGUUAGAUUCGGAAAGGUUCAUUUGUACAACAACUACACCAGAAACUGGGACAUUUAUGCUGUGUGUGCAAGUGUAGAAGCUCAGAUAUAUUCUCAAUGCAACAUCUAUGAAGCUGGAAUGAAGAAAAAAACUUUUGAAUUUUAUACAGAGAAGGCAGCGGAUAGGGAAGAGCCAAGGUCUGGCUUAAUAAGAUCCGAAGGAGACUUGUUUCUGGAUGGUGCACAACCAUGCUUAUUAACGGGCAUAGGUCAAGACAGUUUAUUCCAUCCUAGUGAAUUUUAUCAAACAUGGACAAUGGAAGCACCCUCAGAUUCUUUGAAACAUGUCCUUCAAAUAUGUACAGGUUGGCAACCCAUUCCUCGGCCACCAUAGAUGAUGGUAUUGAGAGGCUCCUCAUUUUCUUCUUUAUGAAUCUAGGUUAUAUGAUUCUAGGUACAGGCUCUAAAUGUAUCUCAGUUUCCUUUUUUUAUUUCUCCCCUAUGUUUUCUUCCUUUGAUUUAACAAUCCGAGAACCAGGAUAUAUAUAAAAAUGUUGUUUAACCUUGGUCUGAAAACUUGAGACUAUGUUGUUUGUAUUA